GUCAUCGAUUGCGGAAGUGAAUUGUUCUGAUUUUCAUAAUUCCAUGGUCAUUGGAGUUUUGUUCUAAACAAAAGUGUACGAGAGUGAAUCUGAAAAGGAUGCGAUGUUGAGUAUGAUUACGACUGUUCUCAAACUGAAAAGAUGUCUUCCCUAAGAUUCGUUACACGAUUCAACUGAAUAUAGUUAAACACUUUCUUGAUAAAUAUUUAAUCCUCAAAAAUGGUGCAAAGCAGUUCACUACGAAUAUAAUGGAACAAAAUAAUUUAAAAACAAUCGAUUGUGCAGAUGUCUUCCAAGAUAGCUCAUGUUCAGUGCAAAACUGCGUAUUAGAGACGAAAUACCGUUGCCAACAUUGCUCUCUUCAAUUUUUAAAACGUACAACUUUAGAUAUUCAUCUCAAAAGGAAUCACGCAGAGAAUCCUUUAGCCUUCAUCGUUCAUUGCAAAAAAAAUGCCUCAAAAUCUUCACAUCGCCCUCAAUUGUGUGAAAAGACAACAUAUGAACACUUAAACGAUAGCAAAGUACAGACCCUAAAGUGCGACUUCUGCCACAAAACAUUUUCGAAAGCAUGCAAUAAACAACGCCAUAUUAGAGUGCACACCGGCGAAAAGCCUUACAAAUGCAAAGAGUGCGAUGAAAAAUUCUCCCAUCUGAGCACUUUGAGAAAACACCUUUUGGUACAUUCUAAGGAGAAAACUCAUCAAUGUGAGAUUUGCGGAAAGGUAUUCACGCUCAAAGGCAAUUUGGUAGUCCAUAUGCGAAGUCACUUAGGCUCACGCCCAUUCAAUUGCACUGAGUGCGAUAAAUCAUUUUUUACGAACGCCCAUCUUCGUGACCAUUUGAAUAUUCAUUCGCUGAAGAUAGAAAAUACGUGCAGCAUUUGCACAAAGACGUUCCUGUCCAAAAAUAGCUAUAAUAAACAUUUAAAAGUUCACUCCGGGGAAAAAUGCCACGAGUGUGGAAUAUGCAGUAAAAAGUUCAAACAAAAAUCUCAUUUGAAUACCCACUUAGUGACGCAUUCCACCCAAAAACUGUUUAAGUGCAAUAUCUGCCACAAAGAAUUUAAGAGAAAUGAUCAUGUGCGUGCGCAUUAUAAAGUACAUCUCAAACAAAUUAUGAAGGUCAAUAAACCUGGAGAACUUUAUAAGGAACCAUAAAAAAUUAAGUUUCAAA